CUCGCCAGUUCCCGCCCCAGUCUGCGGGCCUCGGGAGCAGCGGCGGGGCCGGGGCGGCGCAGCGGAGGGGACAAGACCAGGGUAGGAGGGGACCGGCCGGCCGGGAGAGCCCCGCACGCCAUCAAGAUGCUGUCCUGGCAGCUGCAGACAGGCUCCGAGAAGGCCGAGCUGCAGGAGCUCAACGCCCGGCUGUACGACUACGUGCGCCGGGUGCGCGAGCUGGAGCGCGAAAACCUGCUCCUGGAGGAGGAGCUGCGCUGCCGGCGGGGGCACGAGGGCCUGUGGGCCGAGGCGCAGGCCCGCUUCGCCGAGGAGGCGAGCAGCCUGCGGCGGCAGCUGGACGAGCUGAGCUGGGCCACGGCGCUGGCCGAGGGCGAGCGCGACGCCCUGCGGCGCGAGCUGCGGGAGCUGCAGCUGCUGGGCGAGGAGGCGCGCGCCGCCCGCGGCCGCCUGGACGCCGAGCUGGACGCGCAGCGGCGGGAGCUGCAGGAGGAGCUGGGCGCGCGAGCCGCCCUCGAGGUGCUGCUGGGCCGGCUGCAGGCCGAGCGCCGCGGCCUCGACGCCGCCCGCGACCGCGACGUGCGGGAGCUGCGCGCGCGCGCCUCCAGCCUGAGCCUGCGCUACCGCGCCCGCGCCUCCGGCCCCGCCGCGCCCCCGCCGCGCCUGCGGGAGGUGCACGACGGCUACGCGCUGCUGGUGGCCGAGUCGUGGCGGGAGACCGUGCGGCUCUACGAGGACGAGGUGCGCGAGCUGGAGGAGGCGCUGCGGCGCGGCCAGGACGGCCGGCGCGAGGCCGAGGAGGAGACGCGACUGUUCGCGGAGGAGGCGGAGGCCCUGCGGCGCGAGGCGCUCGAGCUGGAGCAGCUGCGGGCGCUGCUGGAGGAUGAGCUGCUGCGGGUGCGCGAGGCCUACGAGCUGCAGGCCGAGGAGCGGCAGAGAGAGAUUGCCUGCCUGGAGGAUGAGAAGGCAGCCCUUACCUUGGCCAUGGCCGACCGGCUGCGAGACUAUCAGGAGCUCGUGCAGGUGAAGACUGGCCUCAGCCUGGAGGUGGCAACCUACAGAGCCUUACUGGAAGGAGAAAGUAAUCCGGAGAUACUGAUCUUGACUGAGCGCAUUGAAAAUGUGCCACAAGAAUUCAGAAACAAGUCCUAUCAGUAUGCCACCUCAGUAGUACACAGGGAAAACGAGAGAAAUCUGUUUCCAAGGCAGAAAGCACCUUCCGCGAGCUUCAGUCACAGCCUGGCGCCGCGUCCUCAGGCAGCCGUGGGAGGCGCCGCCAGGAGAGACGUCCUGGGCUCCGAAUACGCUUCCUUUACCACUGCCCGGCAGGAAAACGCUUACGAGAAAACGGCCAGCCGUCAGACCAACUUCAGAACUUUCUCUCCAACCCCUGGUCUUUUAAGAAAUACUGACGCUCAAGUGAAAACAUUCCCCGACAGACCAAGAACUGAAGGCACACAGGGCACCCCUGCUAACUUAGCCAAAGAGCCCGCCGCCGCCCAGGAAGCCUCCCGAGAACGCCGGGGCGAGGUGGCGGCAGGUGCUUCCGAGAGCACUUGGUCCAACGAGAGGACCGUCCUCUUGGGACGGAAAACAGAAGCUCGAGCCACGAGGGAGCAGGAGAGAAACAGACCGGAAACCGUCCGAACAAAGAGAGAGGAGAAGGUGUUCGAUUCGAAAGAGAAGGCUUCAGAGGAGAGAAACUUAAGGUGGGAAGAACUGACAAAGUUAGAUAAGGAAGCAAGAAAGAGAGAAAGCCAGCAAAUGAGGGAAAAGGCAGACGAGAAGGAGUCCCUGAAGGAGACAAGUGUGAGGGAGAGAGAGAGACCAGUCAGUCUAGAAGUGUCCCAGGACAGCACGGCAGAGGCGGCCCCCCAGGGUCUCCAGACAGCCCUGAAGGAGCAUGCUGGUGAUGGGACAGGUGGAGAGGUGGAAACCAGAGAGGCGAAGCUCAGGCUGGGCACCAGCGACACCGCAGCCUCUCUGAAAGGCAGUUCCGUGACCGAAUCCAUAGCUGAGAACAUCGUUUCCAGCAUCCUGAAGCAGUUUACCCACUCUCCUGAGACAGAAGCAUCUGCUGAUUCUUUUCCAGACACAAAAGUCACUUAUGUGGACAGGAAAGAGCUUCCCGGUGACAGGAAGACAAAGACCGAGAUAGUCAUGGAGUCGAAAAUGACUGAAGAGGUCGACGUUUCAGAUGAAGCUGGCCUGGACUACCUGUUAAGCAAGGACGCCAAGGAGGUGGAGCUCAAAGGAAAGUCAACCGAGCGUUUGAUCGGAGAUAUAAUCAAUCUUGGUCUGAAGGGGAGGGAGGGGAGGGCAAAGGUCGUCAACGUGGAGAUCAUCGAAGAGCCCGUGAGCUACGUCAGUGGCGAGAAGGCGGAUGAGCUUCCCACCCCAUUCGAAGUGGAGGAGGUCGAUGAUGUGUCUCCGGGCCCCAAGGGGCUUGUUGUUGAGGAGGAAGUUUAUGGAGAAACAGAUGUCACGUGCUCAGGAAACGAAGGUCAAAAGACCAGGCAGCCCCAAGAGAACGUGACUCACGUUGAAGAAGUGACGGAGGCAGGUGACUUGGAGGGAGAGCAGAGUUAUUUUGUGUCGACUCCAGACGAACACCCCGACGAGCACCCCGGGGGCCACGAGAGAGACGAGGGCUCCGUGUAUGGGCAGAUCCACAUUGAAGAGGAAUCCACCAUCAGGUACUCUUGGCAAGAUGAAAUUGUGCCAGGGUCCCGGAGGAGGACGAGGAGUCAUGACGCACUGGGAGAGAAGGUUGUGAAGCCCCUGGAUGUUCCAGAAGCGUCUCUGGAGGGGGACGUGGGUGCUACUCACUGGAAAGAACAAGUGAGAAGUGGCGAGUUUCAUACUGAACCCAUAGUCAUUGAAAAGGAAAUUAAAAUACCGCACGAGCUCCACACAUCCAUCAAGGGAGGCUUCAAGGAGCCCAGGCACCAGCUGGUGGAGGUGAUCGAGCAGCUGGAGGAGAACCUUCCAGAGCGCAUGAAGGAAGAGCUGUCGGCCUUCACCCGAGAGGAUGUGGGUGGGCCCGGGGGCGUCUCUGUUGAUGUAAAGAAGGUCCAGACGGCGGGCGGCGGGGGCGUGACCUUAGUGGCUGAAGUCAACCUCUCCCAGACGGUGGAUGCCGACCGGUUAGACCUGGAGGAGCUGAGCAGGGACGAGGCGGGUGAGAUUGAGAAGGCCGUGGAGUCAGUGGUACGAGACAGCCUGGCCCGGCGGCACAGCCCGGGCCCCGGCAGCCCGGACGGGGAGGCGGGAGCAGAGGCCCCGGUGGGCGGCUACGGCUUCAAGCGCUGGGCCACGCAGGAGCUGUACAGCCCCUCCCCGGGGGAGGCCGAAGCCGCCCGGGCCUCUCCCCGCGCCGAGCCGGCCCCUGCCCAGGGCCCCGUGUCGGCCACCGUGGAAGUCACCAGCCCGACGGGCUUCGCGCAGUCCCGCGUGCUGGAGGAUGUCAGUCAGUCCGUGCGGCACGUUCGGAUAGCACGCCCUGGAACUUGGAGGACUGAGCAGGUGUCCCCCGAGGGACCCGCCGCGCAGGUGGUGGAGGUAAGUGGGGAAGGCGGCCUGAGCCGGGCGGCAAGCGCGGCGGGAGCCAGCUGGUCCGCGAGGCACUUUACGUUGGGUCCUGAUCAAAGCCAAGUGUCCAAAGAAGUCGUCUUCCCAGGGCCCGAGCCCGCCCGUCCGGAGGCCGGGGACGCGGAGGAGCCCGGGCCGGUAGAGCUGUCCGCAGGUGCCCACAGGUCCGGGAGGCACAGCCCAUUUGGCUCCCAGCAAUUCCAUGCUAAGAAGGAAAUUAUUUUUCAGGCUGCCGUCUCUGGGGCAGGGAAGGUUGGCGAUUAUUUUCAAACAGUGGAGACAGCGGGUCCCCAGACGUCUGUAAAGCACCUUCAGUUAGGCCCCAGGGAGGGGUUCAGUGAGCAGAUUGAGCUCACCGCCCCCCUGUCAGACAGGAUGGAGCUGGGAGUCAGAGAAGCUUCUGUGCGCGUGGAGGCGUGGUCAGGGACCAGGCCCCAGAGGCAUCAAGGUACCGAGCAGAUCGUGCCCCCACCCUGGGAAUUUAGCGACUCCGAAAGCAGUGCCCACAGAGAGGGCUCGGCAGACGUGACCCAGGCCACCCGUAGUUACACUGUGGGUAGGAAAAUCUUGAUGGCUGAAAAGAGCACCUUCCAAAGGGCCAUUUCCGAACCUCCUCGGGAGGCUGGUACAGGAGACAUGUCAGGGGCAGAAGUGACAACAGGUGUGAGCAGAUCCUUUAGGCAUAUUCAGCUGGGUCCUGCAGAAACCAAAACCUCUGAACACGUUGUCUUCCACGGACCCGUUUCUACAACACUUGAGCUUGCUGGUUCGGUGGAGCCCCCUGAGGUAGGCGAGGUCGCAGACAGUGGCAGAACACUAAGGCACGUUGCCCCGCGGCCCAAAGAAACUUCGUUUACCUUUCAGAUGGACCUGAGUAACGUAGAGGCGACCCCCCGCUGGACACAAGAGGCCACAGUCCUUCCCCCCACAGGGAUGGAAGCAGAAGCUCAUAGUGUGUCUGACCGUGGUGCUUGGAGAGAUGCCAGCAGUAGGAAUGACCUGGCAGCCGGCGUGAGCUUUCAGGGCUCUGCUGGGGACAGACACCAGGCCCCCGGGGGAAAGGACAAGGAGCAGGCUGAGUUUGAUAAGACGGUGCAGCUGCAGAGGAUGGUAGACCAAAGGUCGGUGAUUUCGGAUGAAAAGAAGGUUGCCCUCCUCUAUCUAGACAAUCAGGAGGAGGAGAAUGAGGGACACUGGUUUUGAUAAACAGAUAUUUUGUUUUAAAUGCCAUCUUAUUUGGUAACAUACCAACACACAAAGGCCUUUACUUUAAGGGAGGGAGGCGUACUAUUUAUUAAAACCUCCCCCCUUUUUUACCUUCUUCAAAGAGUGCUCCAGGCAAUGUCAAUUUACUUUAUAAUCUGUAAAGAUUUCAAACCAGUUCAUGCCUUAAAAGGCGUUGGAGUUUUAUUGAGUUGCGACUUUGACAAAAAUGUUUUUAUCUUUUUAGCCUUAAAAGUUCCUUUUUCUGGAGUUUUCUUUUCCACUCCUAGAGAUGAUUUCUACCAUUUUUGCACCUGGUCACAGAAAUGAUUUUGCAUCUGUUUGAAACUAUAUCUAGGUAAGAUGCCUAAAUGGUAAUGCGAUUAAAGUAAUACAUUUGAGUAAACUUUAUUUGCAUGUGCUAACAUGGAAUAAUAAACUAACAUUUUAAGGGAAAAAUGAAUGCAUUUUUCUCUUCCCAAAGUCUUUUCAAAAAGAAAUCAUAGGAAAUAAGCAGAUUAAGAAAAAAUCUAAAUGAUUUCAUCUUAGGAAAAAGUUAUUUGGCAUAGAGUUAAAUUCAUUUUGACUUGAAUGAAUUGCUUUCUGUGUGCAGACUCUUAAAAAAAUGACAGUGUUUUAUUCAUGGAGAGAACAGCUCCAUCCUCCUGCAGUGUAUCAGAUCAACACACUUGCUAUGUCUGCACAAAUUCCUGGAACCCUGCACUGGGUCUGGGGCAGGGGGGAGGGGCGGGGGAUGAUUUUGGGGAAUGGCUUAUAGUACCAGUUUUUUGCAUUACCACGUUAAGUAGCACACAAUCUAAAUACUCUCUUUCGUUAUAACCUAAGUUCUGGAGUAGCCAGCUCCUACCAGAGUGUACUUGAGCUUUUCUGCACCUUAGCCCUUAGCCUCUAAACAUUUAAUUUUGCUGGUGGGAGGCAGACCCUGAAGACAAUAAAAAGAAUGUUGAAGCGCAGACUACCGCUGGACUUGGGCGUGGUCCUGCACAGUGAAGUUGGAAGCCCAGGUGGGCUGUGCCUCCCAAAGAAGCCCUUUCCAACCCACUGAUGAUGGGGUGGAGGCCUUUCUGAGCGCAAAGAGUGAGAGAUGACAUGGAGGUUUUUGCACUUGCAACAGAAAUCAUGACAGUUGGGGUGUUUCGUCCAGGGAAACAAAUAAGACAUUAAAUAGAAUAAGACGUACUGGGGAGGGAACCGGGUGCCUCUCCUGCCGCCCAGCCCUGAAGCACCCAGGACGGGCCCUGGAGGAAGGCAAAGGCCCUACUCUCCCUGGUCACAAAGUGUGGCCCUGCAGAUACACGCCACUGAGUUUAAGAUACUAGGAUGGGUGGGCUCUGCUGGAUUUAUUUUACACAAAGCUAUUGUUUUUAAAGCUUCCUUCUUUAACGUUGUAGCAUCACAUAAAAAUAGUAUCUCUAGCAGCACAGUAUUAUUUUAAUCCAAACUAGUUUCUUUCACCUAAUGUCUAAACUGUACCUCCCCUAACGCAGUAGCAUAGACCUAACUGCCUGUAGUGCCCUGAGGAAAAUGUCAUCCUCAGGUGGGGCAUGAUGGUGGGGGGGUGGUUAUAGAAUUUGAGGGUCUUCCCUCUGAGUGUCACAUAGUGGCUCUCAGACAUCCACGAUGCAUGUUUCCUCAGCUGCCAGGAAAGGCUACUGAGGUAGUUGAGGGAGAGUGAGUUUUCCUAAUCGAGAGGUGGAGAUCGAUCGGUGGGCAGCACAGCUUUCAGGGUGAUCUAUUUUUAAAACACCGUGAAGCAGAGUAUAGAAGGGAAGUUGAUUUGAAUUGCAAGUGUAACCUUUUGUUACCUGCUAAAUGAACCAGUGAUUGUCAGAAACUGGUAUGGAGGUGAUGGCUUUGCCAACAGAGACUUAUCGUUUCUAAUAUAAAAGAGGAGUUGAUUUUGUUAGUUGUAAUUGGUAGUGGUAUUUGUAUAAGUUAUUUAUUGGUGAGAAUUUGGUCAAGGUGACAGCUUACUGUUUGAUGGCAGGACGGGCUGAUGAUGGGGGGAGUCUAUUAUGUGUGUCCAAGAGGGCUUAAUGUUACUCUCCUAGCUUGUGACCUUGGAAAUGAGUGCUAAUGUGAAAUGGUUUAUUAAGGUCACGACUCACCUCCAUUGGAAAAGAAACGUCUUAGGUCUUAAUUUUUAUCUCCAUGUUGGAAUACAUAUCUUCAAGAAGUAUCCUGCCAAGAAUACUUACCAAUAUGGAGUUGGUUACUAAGUCUCUGGAACACCCAGGAGCAGGGCGUGCCCUUGACCCUGUGACAGGUCACCCCACAGCUCCAUGUCCUUUGCAGCCAGUCACUCUGGAGACAAUAGUAGUCAACUUUGUGGUGGGACAGGGUGAGGACACAGCCAGUCUUUUCACAUUUAUUGUGUAGACAAAAUGGUAUUGAUGGAAUGUUUUCCACCUUCCCACCGGUUGUUUUGAUGUUGUUUGUUUAAAAUGUAUAUUUAGAAUGGAAUCCUCUAAAAAGCUAAUCUUUCUAACCUCCUGUUCCCUAUGAAGGGAUAUGUCAUAAGAAUGUGUAAAAAUAAAAAUCUAAGAAAAAAACCCCACAUUGUUCCUAACGAGAAUGAAUGUUUUCCUGUAGGUGUUUUUGUAGUUUUUGUUUAAAUUUUAAUUAAAGCAUAUAUGUGUGUA